CGUAAAACAAAAACCUGAUUAUUAUACAAAGCUUACGCAUACGUAUAUACAUAUAAUAAAAAGAAAUCCUUUUGUACUCUACUAUUUUCUGCUUCUAUGUUGUAUGUUUCACUCAUCCUUUCCAUUUUUUUCCAUUCCCAAUAGUACUAGUGGACUUUUAACUCAACCCUACCAAAUCUCACCAUCUUCAUCUCAUAACCCACCCCACCCCACCGCCCCCACCACCAUGCUUUCUCCUUCUCCAAUCUCUCUACUUUGUGCUCUUUUACUUUGCUUACCCCUUGCUAUUAUCUUCACUAUCACCACCCCUCUUACUUCCUCCUCAGUCCCCACCACCAACACACCACCUAGGAACACGACUAGUAACAUCAUACACCCUAAGACAAUAUCAACAAACAAAACCCAAGAAAAAAGCAAGGAAAUUCAUAGUGCAAGAUUACCUCCACCAGUAGCCAGGGGCGGAUCCACCUCUUCAGGAGCACAUAAACUUCAAAUUCUGAAUCCGCCGACGCCAAUAGCUUCGCAUGAGGAAGUUGAUGAUGAUGACUCAAUGUUGUUCCAAGAAGCUGGACGAGUCAGCCCGAUAACCAAACUAGUUACAGCACCAAAGAAGCUAGCUUUUAUGUUUCUCACAACCACCGCACUUCCAUUUGCCCCAUUAUGGGAAAUUUUCUUCAACAACACACCUAAAAAUCUUUACAACAUAUACAUACAUGCAGACCCACGUUUCGACUAUACACCACCAUUUCAAGGCGUGUUUGCUCACCGUGUAAUCCCUUCAAAACCCACGCGCCGCCAUUCCCCAACUCUCACCUCGGCGGCGCGUCGGUUACUCGCAAGAGCACUUCUCCACGACAAGUAUAAUUACAUGUUUGCCCUUCUUUCCCCAUCUUGUAUUCCACUACACUCUUUCAAUUUCACUUACACAACUCUUACAAAAUCAAGAAAGAGCUUCAUUGAAAUACUGGGAAAUGAGAGUUGGGCACACGGUCGAUAUGCGGCGCGUGGGGAACACGCUAUGUUACCUGAGGUGAAGUUUGAUGAUUUUCGAAUUGGGUCCCAGUUUUUUGUGAUAAAGCGUAAGCAUGCUUGGAUAGUUGUGCGUGACAGGAGGUUAUGGUCAAAGUUCAAGCUACCUUGCUUAGAAGCUUCCACGUGUUAUCCAGAGGAGCAAUACUUCUCUACGCUACUCAACAUGGUAGACCCACAGGGUUGUGUCCCAGCUACUUUGACACACGUGGACUGGAAGGGUAGUCAUGGAGGGCAUCCUCGUACUUACACUGCAAGUGAAGUGUCUCCAGAAUUGAUCUUGACCUUACGAUUGGCCCGGCCUCGAUAUGGUGAUGAAGAAAUCAACGGUUCUGAUUUGUCUGUUGCUAAUAAACGGCUUGAUCCAUUCUUGUUUGCCAGGAAAUUUUCUCUAGAUUCUCUACAGCCGUUGAUGAAUAUAUCGAGGGAAUACAUCUUUAAAGAUUGAUAAUAUUGCAUUCUGUAAUUUAGUUUUUGCUUUUUGACCUUUUGUAGGUUUUUUGUGGGUCCAAAGUGGAUUAGGUGAAAGAGUGUCAUAUAGUUAGUCAUAAAAUAAAGAGAAAAGGCGGGACAAACCCGUGCUUUUUGUAUUUUGUUUAACAACUUGCUGCUGAAAAGAAAUACAGUAUUCCCCUCCCUUCCAAUUAUGUACAGGAUGUUUAU